GGGGGCGGUGAGACAAUCCGGAAGUGGAUGGAAAGAAGAGGUGCCACUUGGCGGCCAUGGCCGCUGUAGUAUCGGCGACUCCGGGUCAAGGCCCGGCGGAGUGGAGUACCAUGGGCAGCACCGGGUAUAGGGCAGAGACAGCUUUGGGUCAACUUUGCUGCUGAACCCCUAGGACCCAUCGUUAGAGACGUGCAGGACUCCUUUCCUCAUCCCAGGCUCGGAGGAGAGUUUGCUGGGACUGGUGGGCUGGUUUCCUGCCCUGGGGGGCGGAUCACCUGCGGGGCCGCCUCUUGGAGUCUGGGGCGUUUAGGGAACGAACAGGUUCGCUUGGGUUACUUACCCGCUGUAGCCUAAGACGUUGUGCCACCCUCAUUCCGACAAUUGAAGAAAUUGAUCAUUCGCACAUUUUCCCCAUUGACUUUUUCCAUCUCUAUUAACCCACGAGAAUCUGUGACUGGCAUCUGAGAACCCAGAGCCUGGGACCUUAGAUUGCUGGAAGCUUUCUCUGGUGCUAAUAUUAGCAAAAAGGAUCUGUUUCCAGGUACUUUCAAGAGAAAGGUGCCUCGUGAACACAUCUGCUGGUGGGAAGUCCUAAAGAACUGGAAAGCCCACUCUCUUUGCACCACCACCACACGUGUUUAAAGAACCUAAGCACCCUUUAAACCCACUGGAAAUUUGUUGUCAAGUGGUGGUGGGUGAAUAAAGGAGGGCAAAAUGGAUGAUUUCAUCUCCAUUAGCCUGCUGUCUCUGGCUAUGUUGGUGGGAUGUUACGUGGCUGGCAUCAUUCCCUUGGCUGUUAAUUUCUCAGAGGAGCGACUGAAGCUGGUGACUGUUUUGGGUGCUGGACUUCUCUGUGGAACUGCUCUGGCGGUCAUCGUGCCCGAAGGAGUACAUGCCCUUUAUGAAGACAUUCUUGAGGGAAAACACCACCAAGCAAGUGAAACACAUAAUGUGAUUGCAUCAGACAAAGCAGCAGAAAUGUCAGUUGUCCAUGAACAUGAGCACAGCCACGACCACACACAGCUACAUGCCUACAUUGGUGUUUCCCUCGUACUGGGCUUCGUUUUCAUGUUGCUGGUGGACCAGAUUGGUAACUCCCAUGUGCAUUCUACUGACGCAAGACCGACCCCUUCUCUUCCUCCUCCCACUCCUCCUCCUCCUCAGCCUACUCAGUGUGAAGAUGAUGAGGAUGAAGACCUUUAUGAUGAUCCACUUCCACUUAAUAAUCCAGAAGCAGCAAGGUCUAGCAAUUCCAAAAUCACCACCACGCUGGGUCUGGUCGUCCAUGCUGCAGCUGAUGGUGUUGCUUUGGGAGCAGCAGCUUCUACUUCACAGACUAGUGUCCAGUUAAUUGUGUUUGUGGCAAUCAUGCUACAUAAGGCACCAGCUGCUUUUGGACUGGUUUCCUUCUUGAUGCAUGCUGGCCUAGAGCGGAAUCGAAUCAGAAAGCACUUGCUGGUCUUUGCACUGGCAGCACCAGUUAUGUCCAUGGUGACAUACUUAGGACUGAGUAAGAGCAGUAAAGAAGCCCUUUCCGAGGUGAACGCCACGGGAGUGGCCAUGCUUUUCUCUGCCGGGACAUUUCUUUAUGUUGCCACAGUACAUGUCCUCCCUGAGGUGGGGGGAAUGGGGCACAGCCACAAGCCCGACACCACAGGAGGAAGAGGCCUCAGCCGCCUGGAGGUGGCAGCCCUGGUUCUGGGUUGCCUCAUUCCCCUCAUCCUGUCAGUAGGACACCAACAUUAAAUGUUCAAGGUCCAGCCUUGGUCCAAGGCCGUUUGCCAUCCAGUGAGAACAGCCGGCGCAGGACAGCUACUCACUUCCUCAAUCUCUUGUCUUGCCUUGCCCAUCUCCACAUGUAUUCCUAGAGAGUCCGGAGGGAGGUGAGAUUAAGACCUGAGUAAUGGAAACGCUUUUAGAGUAGAAACAUGUUGCAGUUAGCUAUAGACAUCCCAUUGUGUUAUCUUUUAAAAGGCCCUUGACAUUUUGAGUUCUAAUGUUUCUCUUGACCCUAUUCUCAGGGAAGAUGAAAUUUAGUUUUAAGGAAAAGAGGAGAAUUUCAUACUCACAAUGAAAUAGUAAUUAUGAAAAUACAGUGUUCUGUAAUUCAGCUAUGUCUGUUUCUGCUUAGUUUAGAGGCUCUGCCACUUUAUCCAUUGAUUUUUAACAUGGUUCCCACCAUGUAAGACUGGUGCUUUAGCAUCUAUGCCACAUGCCUUGAUGGAAGGUCAUAGCACCCACUCUCUUAGAUGCUAAAGGUGAUUGUAGUUAAUUUGGGAUUAGAGUCAGGAAAAUGAUGGCAAGACACACUGAAAGCUCACUUUAUACUCAAAAGAGAUAUCCAUUGAAAGGGGAUGUCUAGAGGGACUUAAACAGCUCCUUUUGCACAUGUCUCUCUGAAUCCAGCCUGCCAUUCCAUCCAAUGGAGCAGGAGGGGUGGGAGUAGCUUCUGAAGAGGUGACUGGUAUUUUGUAGCAUUCCUUUUCAAGUUCUCUUUGCAGAAUAUCUGUCUCCACAUUCUCAGAGAGAAGCCAAGAUCUAGUAGCUUUCUAGAUCACAAAAUAGCUUUGGAAAUUAAGGGAUAUUAAAUUUUAAGUGAUUUUUCAAUGGUUGUUGAUAUCUUUAUGGUAGCCUUCUUUAAAAGUAAGACUACCAAAAUAUAUAUGUAUGGUUGUCUUUUUUCUCUCUCUUACCAGAUCAGCAAUCCCUCUAGGAGCCUAAAUACUAGGUCAGCUUAGGGGACACUGUGUCUGUUCACAUAACCACCUGUAGCAAGAUGGAUCAUAAAUGAGAAGUGUUUGCCUGUUGAGUUAAAGCUUAUUGGAAUCAUGUCUCUUGUCUCUUCGUCUUUUCCAUGCUUUUCUCCUAACUUUUCCCUCUAGUCUUUCCUCCCCACAAUUUGCUGCUUACUGCUGGUGUUAAUAUUUGUGUGAGAUGAAUUCUUAUCAGGACAACCACUUCUUGAACUGUGAUGACGAAGAUAAUAAUAUCUUUAUUCUUUAUCCCCCUUCAAAGAAGUUACCUUUGUGUCAAAUGCCGCUUUGUUAGGCCCUUAAAAUAGCACCUCCUCAUGUAUAAAUUGACACAAUCACUAAUAUUCUGGUAAUUUAAACAAUUGAGAUAGCAAAAGUGUUUAACAAAUUAAGAUAAUUUUUUUUUCUUAUUUGCCAAAAUUUGUGUAAACCCUGUCUUGUCAAAUAAGUGUGUAAUAUUGUAUUAUUAAUUUAUUUUUAUUUUCUGUACCAUUUCAAAACACAUUACAUUAAGGGGGAACCAAGACUGGUUUCUUCAGGGCAGUGGAUGUAGUAGUUUGUAAAAAUGUUUUCUAUGACACAUAAGCCAGCAUGCCUGUGAUUUCUUUAUUUCCUUUGUAAAUUUGUCACUGGAUCAGCAGCUGUGGAAAUAAAGCUUGUGAGCCCUCUGCUGGCCACAGUGAGGAAAGCAGCACAAAUAAGAUACAGUUCUAGGUAGUCACUGGCAACAAUUGCAUACAAUUUUACAACCAAGAGAAGGUAUAGGAUGUCAAGUCCAAAUGACUUCCUUGAUUGGAUGGAAACAGCUGACUUUAUGAGAGAUUUGAGGUUUCAUCUGGUCCUUCAAACUAUAUGGUUGCCUAGAUUCUCUCUGGAAACUGACUUUGUGAAAUAAAUAGCAGAUUGUAGUAUCUGGUUUGGUUUGGACAGUAGUGCUUUCUAGCAUAUUGUUGUGUGCAAUGGUCAGUAAGUUGUUCUGCUGGCCAAAGCCCCUUUCAGCAGUGCCUUGCCAUCAUGCUUAAAAGUUUGGCUAGUAUAUCUUAUCUUGCUGGAUGGAGCCUUGAACUUUGGCAAAGAUUGAAUCAUCUGACUUCCAAAUUUGCGUUCCCCUCUGGACCUCACUAUUAACAAGCAAACAUUUCACGGCCCUCUUAGCUCCCAGAAGCUACCAAUGGGCUUUCCCAGAUUUUAAAGCUGCUGCCUCAGGAACUACUCAUUUCUCUCCUGGUCAGCAGGCAGAAAUAGCCAUACUAAUCUCAUAGGGCUCAAAUGCAUCUUCAGGCAGCACGGAACCAAGCAGCAUGGCACAGGCCUCCUUCACUGGAAGAAGAGCUUGCUGCCGUGGUGGGCAGUGUUCCAGGAGAGGCCAUGUCCAUGUUCACUUCUUGGCACAUUUCAGUUCUGUUUUCCUCUUGUUUAAAACUGCCUCUUUAGAUGUGGAUGCCUUAAUGCUGUAACACAUUUGAAAACAUUGGCAAUACUUAAGUUGCUGCCAUGAUUACAGAUGGAAAUAUUGGCUACCAAAGAGAUGCAAUUGAUGAUGAAAAGCAUGAUUCUUCCUUCCAUAUAACCAAAGUUAAUCUUAAUUGCAAUUUGACUCCUUUCCUUGGUAGGGGUAGACUUUCCUCAGAUUCCAAGUGCUCUCUUAAAUGGCAAAUUAAGCUGAAGAAUACUACUGAUCCAUUCGCCCCACUUCUCCAGUUAAUUGCUUGUCAGUUCUUGUUUCAUGAAAACAGUGAUGUUCCAAGUUUGACUCAGUUUUCCUGUGCACACUGUUGCCAAAUUUUUUUUUAGGCAAAGAUUCUGCACUGGAAUGUAGAUAGUUGGAAACAGUACUACCUACAGAGGCGAUGUGUUUUCUCUUUGUCCCCCCUUUCACCGUUUUCUUUCCCAAUUCAAAACAGCCAAGUCAGCCCUUUUCUGGUAUUUUGAAUUAUUAAAGAAAAGAAAGGGAGUAGCUGUUUUGAGUUGUCCUUUCUUUGCAGAAAGGAGAAAAUGUGAUUGUGUUUUUUUUUACCAGCCUACUUCUAGGUGUCACUGCCUGGUUUUUCUCUUUUUCAAGAAUUAGAACUAAGAGGACACACCAGCAUCGGAGUGUAUUAAGCCCCUGAAACACAUGGUAGCUAGGGACUGAACAUAGGAACUGUAUGACAGCAGCACAAACCCCCAAAGAACGUUCUGGCCUUGUGGGCCCCUGAGCCCCUUGGGAGACUGAGAAUAAUGACCAGAUUCAUCCAGAACUGCUGCAGUGUUAAGUGAGAAUCCUCUGUAGUUGUUCUACAGAGGAACCUUCCUUGCAUUAGAAAAUUUCUGCUCAAUACAGAAUGGUCCACAUCACUCAAAGUGCACUGUUGGAGAUGCUAUGAAAUUAAAACCAAUGAUGUAACCUCUUUGUAUUUGAGACAUCUCAAUUCACUCCAGGACACCUGAAGGAAAUGUGUGACUGGUGGGAAAGAACUAGACAACCAUUUAGGAAUUCUCUAUGCUCAGCCUAAACCAGUGGCUUAACACAAGGAAACUGGCUUUGAUCUUUUUUUCUUGUGGUAUCUGCCAGCAAGUUGGAAAUCUCAUGGGUUAAGACUGCAGUUCCCCUGGUUCAGUAGCUGGAACAGUGAUUUUAAAUGUCCCCUUUUUUGGAUCCCUUGUAAACAUGAAAUCAUUCCAUGGAUGGCUGCCUUAUAAUUUUGUCUCUUUCCACUUUAAUUGUGAAUGGUUAAAAAUGCUGUUUUCUGAUAUUAAAUUUUUAUGAGUGCAUACCUGAA